UUGGCAAAACUAGAAAGUCAAAUGAGAAGAAGCAGGUCUUCUUGUAAGGCAAUGGAGAUGGUGGAGAGCAUUAAUGAAGGAAUGGUCCCCUUGGUGAGAAUUAAAAGAGGGCUUCAACUAAUGUGCAUCAUCCCUAGUUCUUUGGCCAAUAAGCUAAAGAGAGGAUCAUAUUCUGAGUCCUUUAUGGUGGUGGAUUCUCAGAACCUCGUUGAUCGAUGCCCUCGUGUGCUUGUGUCAAAUGUUCCCAAUGUUUAUGGCAUGCCAGAAACGCCUGGUGCUAUAAUAAGGCCAGUAGGGAGACACAUGUACUAUGCUUUGAAAAUGACUCUUGAAGGUAGGGACGCUUGUAACGAUAGCUUGACUGAAGCAACCCUAAGAUUAGCCAAUUUUGCAGGUCAUACCCCUGAUUGGAAGGCACGCCAUCACACAACUUACGUAGCACCGUCACAAUUGUCCAUUUCUAUAGUUUGA